AUGGCGGCUCACAGCUCCGCGCGAGUGCUCCCGCGCACCUCGCAAAUGGCCUCGAAAGCCGUCGUCCAGAAGGCCGGACAGUUCAUCCAAUGGUCUGAGAAACGUCUUCGACAAUUCACAGCUCAAAUCUGCCAUUUCUGUGCCAAAUCCAGCGUCCUACUAGCUCAUUAUUACAAUGUAGUCGUCUCCUCCGAGUAUUUUUCCAUGUUCUGUCCAUUGCUGCUUCCAUUCGUUGUGGUCUUGAUUUUGAUCGCGGGCGUCCAUUUGUAUGAAAACAUCAUCAAACUUGUGGAUUUCCGAAAAGUUGCUCAAGGUUCCGUUUACUUUUUUCUAGACGUCAAAAUUUCUCACAAAGAUCUUGCGGAACUUUACUUUUUUUUUUUUGUUUCUGGUUGAAUAGGAUCAAUUUUUUUUUUUGACAGUUAGCAUAAAUUCUAAUAAGCUGCGUGGUAAGUAAUUGAUAAGCCCAAAAAACUUCGAUUUUCUCUGAAUCUGCGUCAAACUUUUACGGUCGUCUUCUUGUAAUUUUCCCAUGAGCCAAAAUUUUCCGAUUCGGAUGCACAGCAAAAGUACAUGAAACUCAAAAAAAGGAUAAAGCCGCACAAAAAUCGCGUUUUUCAAACUAUUGAUUACUUUUCCCUCUCCUGUCUCUUCUCCUGCAAAACACAAUACUUUGAAACGGAUGAAAAUCUUUUUUUUUCAGUGGUUGGCUGGCUUGGGGUAGAAAUGCUGUGGCUGAUCCUCUCAUGGGGACUGGUCGCUGCGAUCUGCUACUUUGCCCUGCAGUACCUGGGCGCCAGCCAAGAGGGUAACCUUCAAUCUUCAGCCGCCGGCUCCCGUCAACAGCCGCACCUCGGGUCAUUGGAUCUCCUUUAAUCAAACAGAUUGAAAGAAUUCUCUCGCCAAACGUUUACAGUACAAGUACUGGGAGCUCUCUAAUUUUUUUCCCUUUCUUUCUCUCAAAGUUUUUUGGAACGGUUGGUGAAAGUUUUUAGACUAACACGUUUUCUGAGCUUUCUGUUUGAACAAGACAAUCUCACGCUGAGCUCUUUAUCCAUCCAACUGUAAAAAAACGAGUAAAGUUCAGAAGGGAGAAUGUGAACUCAAACGAAUGGACGAACGAAGUUUUGGCGUGGAUGCACAAUAAUUUUCAUAAAGUGCCAGCGCCACUCGAAGCAUGGAUACGAUCUUUGAAUGAAGCGGCCAAGAAGGUCACAACUCCGGUUAGUUGCAAAAAUUUGAAGGUCUUCAAGCAGAGAUUCGAAUUGAUUUUUUUAAUUCGUAAAGAGAUAUUUUACAGACUAAAUGCGAAGUUUUAUUCGAGGGCUUCGGCGACCAUCACGACGUUUUACAGCCUCCCAAGCUGAGCAACGUUAGAGUGGAGCACGGUCCUAGGGACCAUCUGGUAAUUUUUUCUGGUUUUUCUAUUUUUUUUCCAAAGUUUGUGCUGAUUUUUUGGUUUGAAGUUUGUGAUAAAAUCUUUUCAUUUUUUUCUGAUAAUUGCAAAUAUUGCAGACAUUACGCUCAGAUGUCCAUCUUCCAUGUAUCCGACUGCGACUUGUGUCAUCUCAACGAACAGCUGAAAGAAUGAUCGUUUCUAACUUCGACGCGAGUAUUAUUGACUUGCGUGGAGAGGUUUCCGUCUUUCUUGACUUUUUUUGACAAAUAAAUUUGAAGGUCGAGUGCCGAAUGGCGUGCAUUGCAAAUCAGCUUUAUCUGAUGGGAUGCUUCAGCGGAAGACCGGAAAUGGAUAUUGAUCUCAGCAAUACUGAUCCGAACGCUGUGCGUUCCAUGAUUUUCAUCAGGAUCUGAAAACCUGGAAAAAUGGUUUUCAGCAAUACCAAGUCUCGCCUCCGAUGGUCGAGGAAAGUAUUCGUCGUUGCCUGCUUUCGGCAGUUACAAACAUCAACCUUUCUGAAGCUCUGCCUUCAGAAGUCCGAGACACUUUUGCGGAUACUUUCAGCCGAACGAUUUAUACUCCGCCGGUUAUAUUUCGAAAAUGUCAAGGAAUUUCAAUAAAAUAAUUUUAGACUCAUUCCCCGAGCGCGACUGUUCGAAAUUCAUACAAUAACUACGACUCAAAUUUGCACGCAGAUCCCUACUCGAUGAAAAGAAGCAGCAGCCCUACUCAAGUGCCAGAAAUGUUCAAGAAAUUGAACGAAUCUCAUGUAAGAUUUUUCAUUUUUCUUCAUUUUUUCUUGUUUUAGCUCAUUACUCCAUCAUUCAACUCUAGCACCGUGCCGAACAAAAUGCGCGUAAAAGUUAUCAAAGCAAGCAGAUUAGGCAGAGGUGAGGUUUUUAAGAAAAUAAAACACAAAAUAAAAUAUUCGAGAUGUCCAUCAGCCGUACGUAGUGAUUGAAAUGGAUGAACCGGCUCAGAAAUUCACAACGACGAAGGGAAUCAACGCAAAUCCUUACUGGGAGGAGGAGCACGAUUUGUAACAGAAAGUUUUUUGAAAGAAGGAGGAUUUAUUUUACAGUGAGCUCACUCCUGCCACUGAAGAACUUCUCUUCGAAGUCUACGAAGGCAACGAAAAAGUUUCAACAGAAGAAGAUCAUCUCUUCCUCGGUCUUGCCAUUGUCAACUUUGAAGAAAUCCGAAGAAGUGGAGAGGUGAAAAAUUGCCCUAUUUAUUCAAUUUUUGAACUCAUUUAGGCUCUCCAUACGUUGAAAUUACAAGGUCGCCCUUACCGAAAUGACGAUGUUUCUGGAGAACUGAGCGUUCAAUUCGAAUUUUUCUACGAUCCAAACGUGGUGACGACUGGAAAAUUGACGGAUACUGUGAAAGUAGUGAAUCCAAACGGAUCCGAAUUCCGCGAGACUGUGACGACUGAGAGAAGACCGGUGUACGACCCUCAUGGUUAGCCCGAGAAAAUGAAUAAACUCUGAACCAUUUACAGACAACUACGACGGCGCUUUAGAAAUAACGCCCACUAAAACUACAACUGUUCUGGUGAAGACAGUGUCUCACGUUCGUUUUUUCUUGAAUUGGUUAAGAAUAACCAUUUUUCCAGCAACUGAAGGAGAAACCAACAAUCCAAUCGGUUCAUGGAUCCCUUGAAAAUGCGGUGGAUCCUGCAACGCAAAAAAUACUGGACAACACCUUCCGAAACUCCAAUGAUCCUAAAACUUUGGAAUUAGAGGCAACUUUCUUCCCUUUUUUCUUAAAUGAAAACUUUCUCAGGCAAAACUAAGAAGUGUCUCUGAAAGCGCGAGAGAGAAGACGAGAAGUUUAGAGCGACAGGGCACAAAUGGCUCAGCGAACUAUUAUGAAGAACCGCGCAUUGUCGAAACAGACGAGAGCCGAAGAGGAAGAGGUUUUUAUUCUGUUUGAAAAAAAAGAAUUUCUGAAAUUUUUUUUAUCAAGCUCAAAAUUUGAAAAAAAAUGAGGAAAUUGGAAAAACCAAUCUUUGCCCUAGCAAUUCCAGUCUAGAACUAAAAAAAACGCAAAAAUUUAAAAAUCAAUUAAAGAAUAUACGUUUUCUUUUUGAAGUGGUUUGCGAUUCUGGUAGGCAUCUAAAUAUUUUUUAAACUUUUUCAAGCUUCAUUUAACUUUUUUUUCUUUUUUUCUGCUUUAAAUUUUCUUUUUUUGUGAAGAUCGCUCCAAGAAAAAAAUGGACAUGAAAAACGUGACCGGUCAUUCUUCGGUGAGCUCAGAGACAGAUUGAGCGGAAGAAGACGCAGCGCUAAAAGGUUUCCUUCAUGUUUUAAAAAACAACGACGUUUUCAAUCUUCAGGUCAAAAAGCAUGGAUUUCGACGGCCAACAUCUUGAAGAAGCCGUUUCAUUACCGCCCAGCAGAGAUCCAAGCAGAACACGUUAUGCUGGUGAUUAAAAUAGUCAAAAGCAUUGAAAGGAGAUAAUUUUAGUCGGCACGCUUUCUGAAGGAAGUCGAUACGCAGAGACAAACUCUGUGGGAGGCCGGUCUGGCGAAUCUUCAAAGAGCCUUUAUCAGCACAGUACUUUGGUUUUAGAGCUCGAACAUGAAAAACAGCCAAAGUGAGCUUUUUUCGUCGAUGAGACUGUUCAAGUGUCACAUUUUUCCGACAAAUUGUCAUUUAUCCGAAUUUUUUCUGGGCUUCUUCUUUCAUUAACCGCGAACUUGUUUUAGAUAUUUUUUGAUCCCGCCAUCAAUGUUGAACGAACCGGCGGCCGCUCGUUUGAUGCGCAAAGGCAAGAAGUUGCAUAUAUACAAUGAGCACACGUUUGUCGCCGUCAAGAUCCGCGGGUUCGUCUGAGAAUAUUUUUUUGUCUUUUGUCUACCGACACUGUCUUUUGUCCCAUAUGUGUUAUAAACAAUUCCAAUCGGACUGCGGUUAGUUGCAGUGGCGCCACGUGCAACGUCUGUCAACAUCGCAUUCGGUCGAGCUUCUCAAAACAGGCAUAUCAAUGUCGAGGUUAAUCUGAAUUUUAUAGAGUUUGUCUUGUAACAGACUUGAAAAUGGGAGUUUGUGCGUCGUGACACGAAAAUGGCUUGUUCAGAACCGCUUGCUGAUGUUUUAAAAGCUCACAAACGCGAAGCUAUUUUAUAAUUCGAUUCUAUUUUUCCGAUACUCUAGAGCUCUAAAUCUACGUUUCAUUGAUCAUAUGUAGUAUUUCAACGGGAAUGAAAGCUAUAGCUCAAAAAUAAGGUAUCUUGUAGAAAAUUAAGCAAUCAAUUUCGAAAAGUAAUUGACUUUGAUGGACUCGACGUUUCGAAGUGAAUAUUUAACUUACCGUCCCUUCAUUGAAAACUUGGAAAUUGCGAAAAGAAGCAGUCAAAAAAAAAAAUAAAAACUCUUCUUUUGUUCCGAAUUUCACACACGACAUCAAUUCAAAUGCGUAGAAAAAAAAAUCUAGCGUCGAUGAGGACAUUGGCCGGGAUGACUCAUAUGUCACGAGGAUGACGAAAAGAGCAUCGUAUGCAAAUGUCGCUUGCCCGAAAAAAAAACCAAAAGAUUCGAAACUGUUCUAGGAAGUGACAAAAAAAAGAUAACGUUUCUUUUUUGAAUUUUUUUUUUCAGAUUGCAAGUUGGUUUGUCAUAAGUCAUGUCAUUACAAAACUGACGCUUUCUGCACUCAAAGCACUGUUUCCAAACUGCAUAUGUGAGUAUUUUCAGCAUAAUUUCCAAUGGUAAACCUAUUUUUCAGCGCGAAAGAUGUUGAUUGGGCUCACUACCUCAGUCAUUACCAACUCGAAGAGUUUAUUUCCCAGGAAGGCCUGUAAAUGUGCAUGGCCACUUCUUACAAUCGCUCCACUUGCCUUUUAGUCAACCACAAGAAAUUGCUCAAUCUCAACUUCCAAUUCAAUUCUCGUUUUUUCGCCUUAUUUUUAUCUGAUAUCCAUUAUUAACAUUUCAAAGGUUUCUUCAGAAAAAUGUUUGAACAAGCCUUUUGAAAUAAUUUGAUUUUAUCUAUCCUGAUCGGUGACGUAACAUUUUUUUUCACAUCAAUAAAUUUUUUCCAAUAUCACAUUGAAAAUUGAAAAAGUUCGUUAGUUGGUUGAAAGUUUUUAUAAAUGCAAAUACGUGAAAUGAUCUGCUUAAAAAAUUUUGGGAAAUCGAGAAGAUAGCGUGAAAAGGUCAAGAUGUCCUAAAUUAGAAGGAAGUUUUUUUAUCUGAAACUCUUCUUCUGCAAAUCUUCCCCGUUUCAGAGAUUGAUUUAGCUUGUAUCUUUAUUCUGGACUGACUCCUAAAAAAAUACUAAUUUUUUUAAUUUAUCUAAAAAAAUUCUGAUUUGUGUUUGUACGAAGUCCAAGGGAAAGUGGGUCAAGCAAAAUUAAAGACAUGUAAGAUGGGGAAGAUAAGUUAUUUUAACGCGUUCUUGGUAAAAGCAAGAAGAAACCAGUUAGAUGGGAUCAGUGGUCGGCACAGGAUCUCGCCUUCAUGGACACGGCCCUUGCCGCAUUUCGAUUUCGAACUCGACUCAUGCUCCAUCGCUGGCUUUGGCUUUUCCCUCUGGCUACUUUUUCUGCACAGAGCUUUUUAGAAAACAAUGAAGGUUUGGCUCAACAUUAAACUCACCCCUUUGUCAUAGAUUUCUGUGCGCCGGUAUAUGAUUUGGUUGUCUUACUCGACACUUCCGGAAGUAUUGACAAAGUUUUCGAAGAACAAGUCAAAUGGACUAUUGCCAUUGCAAAAGUUCUGCCAGUACACCAAUCUGCAGUCAGAAUAUCUUUGAUUCAGUGAGAUUUUUUCAUUUGGAAAGUUUUGAAAAUAGAUUUAGAUACGCCGAAAAACCGUUGACUGAGUUCAACUUGACAAGGUAUUCUGAGCGUCAGGAUAUGAUUGAGCAUCUCACAAAUAUUGCUUUUCAAUCGGGAAUAAGCAAAUCGGGUGCAGCUCUUAGUCAAGCCGCGCAAGAACUUUUUUCUUCGGAAGGAAGGUUGAAACUUUUUUUUAAAUUGCCAAUAUUUUUUGUACUCAGGAAAAAUGCUUUGCGUUCUGUAGUGAUAUUCACCGAAGGUCUAUCUACUGAUAAUCCAGCAGGGGCAGCAGAAGAUCUUCGUCGAAGAGGUAACCCAUUUUGGAAGCUUCACGGAUUCAUAGUGUGCUUCAUUUUUACAGGAGUUAGGGUCCACGCAAUCAGCGUAAGUAGUGACGGUUUCAUACCUGAAAUGCUCUCCAUCACUGGGAACAGUGACAGAAUAUAUGGGUAAUUUGAAUUUUUUUUUCCUUUCAUAUGAACUUUUCGAGGCCGACGGACAUCGAGCGUCUACAAAAAGAACUCUUGAACGAAGUUGAGACCUCCAGAAGAUGUGCGAAAUCGGUUUGAAUUUUUGAGUGAAAGAAAGUUAGAUUAUUAUUUUCAGAAGUCGGACUUCACGAAAAUCAAAACUUUCCAAAGAAAAAAUACAACUUUCGAUUCUCAGCAAGUGGAAAAAUCCGAGACUUUCACCGUGAUGUCGACAAGAACAUUCACACGGUCUAUCCCACUAAGUUCUGAUUUUACUUCUCGCCAGACUACAAAAUCGACCAAAACCUCGUUGUCCUCAACUACUCCAGUUCCGACGACUCUCACCACUAAACUAUCAAGUUAUACUCCUGCGAAACUCCCAAAGAAAAACAUACUGGAGACAAUCAAACCAGACAGUGUCAAUAGCACUUUGAAACAAGAAGCAUCCACUACCGCAAAAAGAGUUACGAAAACUACUGCCCGACCAACCAAGAGCGUUUCCUUCACAAAAACUUCUCGCAACUACUUUCCAACACUUUUGAGCUUAGAUUUUACUGUCACGGUAGGGUCAGAUAAACCAUUCAAAUGUACAAAAUUUUUCAGCCGUCACCCAGUCCUCGCAAAGGAGAGAGUCUCAAACCUCGAAAAAAAAUUAUCAAAAUUAUCAAACGACGAAGAACAACUCAAUCAACAUCGUCCACUCCUAUAUCUACAGCAACGUUUCCCACAUCAACGGAUUCUUCCUCAAAAACGACGAAAUCCUUGAGGACAACUUCGACAACGGUUUCCAAAAAAUCCUGAAGCGUUUACCAACUUUACAGACAAUCACACGAAAACCAUUAACUACGAAAUCAGUCCUGUUAACCACAACAACGCCGCCUACAGUCUUCAUCUCAUCAAUUUUGGAAAAAUCGACAAAAACGUCUCAUAAAUCUGAGUUGGCAAAAGACUCCCAGAUUUUCUCGAAAGGUGAAACUUGAACGACUUUUAUUAAUUUUGAAACUUCCAGAAGAAAGUGGUGCUGGAAGAUGUCCACUGGAUGUGCUCUUCAUUGUUGACAGCUCAGGAUCGAUGGGGGACGUCUAUGAAGCUCAGAAAGUAUGUUCAUACAAUUUCUUUCAUUAUUCUAGGCUCAGGAAUUUAUAACAUCCAUUAUUCGUCACAUCGAGCCGGCAUCGCAAAGCCACAGAGCAGCACUCAUACAAUUUGCCGGCCGACAUCUGCAAAAAACCGAGUGGUCUUUUGAGACCCAUCUGAAAAAUUCUCAGCUCAUGCGAGCCAUGAGAAAUGUUCGACACUUGACAGGUUGCAUUUCAAAAAAAUUAUGAAUCAAUAUGUAUUUUCAGGAACAACAUACAUCGGGGAAGCUUUAAAACAAGCUGCGUCUCUUUUGGAAACAAGGAGGAAAAACGUUGAGACCCUCGUUCUUCUCAUCACGGACGGGUGAACAUUUCUAAAAUGCAUAUUUUUCGCAAAGUUUUGCUUAAAAAAUUUUGCAAAGAUCUAAAUUCCCAAAUCCAGCUUGAGUUUUUCGAACAGCUCGAUGAUUUUUAUGAAUGAAUGCGUUUCAAAAGGGUUUUUCUGACACUUGUUCCAAAAUUUUUGUGCAACUGAGGCACAUCAUUUGAGAAUGAACUUGCGAUUUCCAUCGCAAAAGUAACUAGAGUUACCAGAAGCUUUUUAACACCACUCUAAGAACUUUCAGGUUUUCCCAGGACGAUCCAACUCCUCAAGCAAAGUACAUUCGCCAGCUGCAGAAUGUUCGCCUCUAUGCGAUAUCCUUAGCGCCGUUGACAGAUAUGUAAGUUCUGAUCAGCAAUCAUUUGAAAAACUUCUAUCGCAUCCGCACAGCGUUGAAAUAAGUUAUAUAGUCAACUUUGAAAGGCGGGAUGAGUUAAUUGGCGAAGAUAGAGCGUUGCGUAGGCGACGCUUCUUCUGGCGGAAAAAUCGAAGCCAAACACGAGCCAUCUUUUUGAUGGUUUCAAAUAAUGUUUCAUUCUUGACAUUUAAUUUCGAUCUUUCCGAUCUUUUUUCUAAUUUCAAAGCCACGUCGCCUACGCAACGCUCCACUUUGUCCGAUCUACGCAUCACGCCUUCCCAGAACUGUUUAUCUACGUGACAAUUUUUCCCACGUCUUUGGGUUUUCUGAUGCCACCUUCCUCCUUCAAUAUGCAAAUCUUGGGAAUCAUCUCAACAUGAGCGUUUUGUUUUCAAGAAGGCUCCUUGAUCAAAAAAGAGAAUCGAAAUCUAAAAACAAGAGAACGCAGAAAAAAUGGAAUUUUGCGGCGCGGGUGAGGUUCCCAGAUGCGGCGAUGUUGAAAGCGCAACUGUUGCGCGCCCGAAAAAUUUUUUUUCGCGGAAUGAGCGCGGUGUUUUUCAUGAGAUCUUCUACAAGAAGACCAUGAAUGGCCACAUUUCUUAUCGUCAGUGUCCAUAGAGUCUUACCGGGAAAAAAUCGCUUGCUGCAACCAAAAGUAAUGAUCAUUUUUUUUAAGCUUUUUGAAAUUGUGUGCAAGAAAUAGGGCCUUGUUAAAUUAUUAGAUCUACCUCACGUCACAGAUAUUCCAAAGAGUAUGUACAAAAAAAUUUACCCUUAAGCAAUGUUUUAAAAACUAUAGAAGAACUUUUAUGUCUUGCAGGAAUUCUCUCGGAGAUAUUGUCGGAGGUGACCGUCAGAAGAUCUACAGCAGUGAUGAAACACAUGCAAUCGAAGAUCUAAUUGCUUCCAAGUUGGACUGUUCAAAAUGACUGCCGCUCUGAAAUUAUGACAUCGAUUGUUAUGAAAACCAUUUUUGUGCAAUAUAAUAAUGAAUCACUUUCCUAUAUUUAUACUUGGAAGCUUCCGAAAAGUUCAAAGAACAAAUUUGACAGAAGUUUUGAGAAAACAAGAUGAUGAUUAUUCAAGCGAGAAAGAGUGUCGCCCUAUGACUCAGAUGAAGCAAUCGCAAAAUCUCGUGUUUUUGCCUGUCCGUGCACGGCCGCUCACGCUUUUACUCCCUCCUCCGACAAUAAUGGCAGUGGUUUGAAACCUUUCAUUCCCAUGGCUCGAGAAUCGUACAAUUUCCAUCAAUUGUUUUUCGAUUACAGCCGGUGAGAAACGUCGUGUUCCCACACCUCAAUUUUGCAUUUGCUCUUUUCUUGUUUGCUACUUUCGGAGCGAAUUGGCCAAAUGGACGCUUAGCGGUCUCUUUGAGUUUUAUCAAAGUGUAAAGUCUAUGUUUUAGAAGAAGAAAUACUUUUUUGCAGCUUUUCAACUCGGUUAUCAGAAUAUAGGCAAAUCUUCGAUCGCAGUAUUUCUUUACGGUUGUCUCAAAUAAAGUACAAAGAAGGUUUUUCCACUAUCACUAAUAUUAAGCUCACAAGGAAAAUCAUUUAACCUUGCGGUAGCAAACUUCCUGAUGACUAGUCAGGGCACCCCUUUAGUUACAAAAAAUGAUUCUGAAAGUAUCAACCUGCACAUAAGGAAAAAAUUCAAAAUCAGUGAAAAAGCCAUAUUUGGGGCUCUGAGCCCUUAUUUCUUAAAAACUAGUAAAUUAUGGAGAUUGGGACUUUUGAAACCCUGAUUUAAUAAUUCAGGGGAUGGUCUGACGAAUUUUCAGAAGUUUGCCCAACUGUAAAGCAAAAUGACGUCCGUUGUCAAGAACGUCUACCAAAUCAAUAACUUUUUCGAAAUUAAACCGUGAAUAAGUUUCGAAAUGACUUCUAGACAGAAGAAUCUUAUUGCCAACUCGUUUUUGGUUCCGGUUUGGCUCAAACUUUCCUUCUUGUGUUUCUUAUGACAUAGUGGAUAACAGUAGAGGUUUUUGAAAUCGAAAAACCGUAGGAAACCAGUUUUCGAGCUUUUCCGUACAUUUCGACAAGUUAUCCCUCAUUACCACAUGGCGCUUAGCAGAUAUUUUUUUAAUUUUCGAGUAAUCAUGCUUAGAACUGCCUACCAAAAAAGUUAGGUCCAGAUGUGCGAUGUCCACCUCACACAAUUUCAUUUUGAGUAUCAGUAAUCCACAAGAAGAAGUCCUGUCAAAAAUAUUCCCUUUACUCUUUCUCGGAAGGCCAUCCUUGGAUCGUCUUAUGACAUCACCUUUAGAGCUAUUUUUGAAACGCGCGUUGCUGGUAUCUUGCCAGAGGCGGAGCUUCAGGAGAAGAGCACCUGGGCGGAGCUUGCGUCUCCACGCGUCUCAUGCUCUCUAGCGCCUUGGAUGCUUUUCCUCUCUGGCCAUCCGCGGCGAGAGGCGUUCCAUUUUGCCAUCUACCGAGGUCCUGUGAGGUGGUCGACGCUGCUCUCUGCCGACACAUCUUCUUUCUCGGUCCCAGAGGUCCUUUUCGCUUCUUCUCAAGUCCAGCUAAGUUCAUCUUUUGAACAUGAUCAAAAAGAAUCUCAGUUAGCACUCAAAGAUUCAUUGCUCGAACGAGAACUUCAAAAACUUCGAAGAUUUUUCAUUUCUGACGAUUUUAUUGAAAAAGUUUUUGAACUGAAAAAGAUAUCAAGUGCACUCUUGUCAGCUUUCGAAGUCUUUUUUUUUCCAUCUUUGCCGUUUUGAUUAGCUUGAGGAUGUUUUAAUCCAUUACAGCUUGGCUUCCAAAUUGUUUUCUUUCUCAAAAAUAGGCUCUGCCAUCCUUCUUUGAUCUUGUUUUCAACCUCAAUAUUUUACUCAUCUUACGAUUUUGCAACGUCCUUGUAUUUAUGAGCUGUUCUCUUUUUUUUACGACCGUUCCUGUGAAAAAAAGCACAGUCUGUUUCGAGCCGUAGCGGUUCGAAUAUUUUUAGCAUUCUUUAUUUUCAUUCCACUGGAUAGAAAUCUAAUGAGCUAAUAGGUCUUUUCACGGAAGUUGCUGUGAAAAUUGAGAUAUGCUUUUUAUCCGGAAAAAUCGAACUUGCUCUCUUUCCUCGAUUUUCCUACUAUAUUAUGAUUAAGCCAGGCUGUUGAAAUCGAUUGCCACGUAUUUCUUUUCCACUUUAACAUCUUUGAUAGCAUUUUGAAACACGUCAUUUUGAAAGGUUGAAAAGUCUUUUGUGAGACGCAAAAAGAGCUUCAAUAUAGCACUUCUCCACAUCACGCGAGAACGCCUCCAACUUUAAAAUCUUUAAGAGCUUUUUAUCAAUUCCUACAGUAUCGCCUUUUGAAAUUUGAUUUUCCAUUCUCAGACGCCCACGCCUUGAGCGCCAUUAUCGAAACAAACAUUCAAAGCUUUUAGGUGCUCUUCAAGCUUUUAAGAUUUUUUUCUCAAAUUUAAAGUUUCACAAGAUGUACUUGAGCAUGAGAAAGGGAAAAUUGAGAAAUUUUUUCGACUCUUAAGAUAAUUCUGCUCUACUAAUCUCACUCCACAAAAACAGCGAAGAUAUGAGAUAACUUAUUUCACAACUUUUCAGAAGGUGAUCCAAAACUGUUGAAACUUUUACAAUUUUUUUCUCGGUCUCAGUUAACUGUUACAAGGAAUGUCAAUUUGAUAGUUGUCUUUCCAAUGAAAUGGAGUUUAAAGUCUGAAAUAAGCUGAAAAAAGAAUCAAGAGAUGACUUCAACAACGGUUUUUGACUGAUACUAGUUGGAAUAACUGACGACACAACUUUAUAUUGUUAAUAAAAGCUCUGAAACCGAUAUAACAAAUUCCUAAGCCUUCGAACUGUUUUCCAUUAUAAAAAAGCUCUACAUACAAAAACCCUUGUCGGAACACAAGUCUGAAAAAAAACGAAGAUUGUUCGUAUUUAGAGCUUUUUCAUUGUGGAAAACGGUGUGAAGGUCGAUAAAAUUGGUUAUACCGGUUUCAGAGCUGUUACUAACAAUAUAAACUUCUUCCAUCAAUUAUAUCCAGCUAGUAGCAGCCAAUAAACCGCUUUUGGAGUCAUCUUUUAUUCUUUUUUGAGCUGGGCUUUCAACUUCAACUCAUUGGGGGCACAACUUACAAAUUGACAUUUCUUGUGAAAGUACACUGAGACCGCGAAAAAACAUGUGAAAGUUCCAAUAUAUUUGGAUCAACUUCUGAAAAGUUGUCAAAAAAGUUAAAUUUCAAAUCUUCUAUGUAAUUGUUGAGUGAGAUAAGGAGAGCAGAAAUAUCUUGAGAGUCAAAAAAAUUUCUCAAGUUUUCCAUUUUCAUGCUCAAGUACAUUUUGUGAAACUUCAAACUUGAGAAAAAGUCUUAAAAGCUUGGAGAGGAACUAAAAUCUUUGAAUGUUUGUUUUGAUAAUGGUUCUCUGAGCGUGGGCGUCUGAAAAUGGAAAAUGGAAUUUCAAAAGGCGAUACUGUAGGAAUUGAUGGAAAGCUCUCAGAGGUUUCAAAGUUGGAGGCGUUUUCGCGUGAUGUGGAGAAGUGCUAUAUUAAAGCUUUUUUUUGCGUCUCCCAAAAUACUUUCCAACCUUUGAAAAUGACGUGUUUUAAAAUUCUGUCAAAGAUGUUAAAGUGAAAAAGAUAUACGUGGCGAUCCGUCUCAACAGCCUUGCUCAGCGACAAACAGCCCGGGCUUUGGGCCUUAUUUCUUAUGAAAGUCCUGCGCUGGAUCAGGCCGGGUCAGGUUUCAAAUAAAAGUUGCGAAUUUCAUCAAAAAAAUCAUCCUAAUUCAUAAGUUGUACCGAAAAACAUUUUUACUUUUAAAAACAUAGUUUGUCGAUAUCUAAGUAGGAGGGUUGACCGUUUUUGCUUGACGUCGGGUCAGACCAUGCUUAGAAAACGGCCCAGGGGCCGAUAGGCUGACGGACUUCGUACAAGCCUGGAGACAAUAAAGUCUUCUUCUUCAGCGUCUAUCCCGCUUGGUUGCGGGGUCCGCUUUUCUGGAACGUUGUCGCCAUUUCAUUCUGUCGGCUGCUUGGUCUGGGUGGAGUUCCGUCGUUUUCAGAUCUUCGUUGAGCAUGUCAAUCCACCUUCUUUUUGGUCGGCGUCUAGGCCUUUUCCAUCGACUUCCAAAGUGUAG